GUGAGCGAGAAGGAGCAGAGAUGGUGAUCACUUUCCUGUGAACCGAUGAUUGUAAUCAGUUUAAAUACAAAAUCCAUCGGCAUCACGAUGUGACGUCGUUUCACACCCCUCCGAGCUUGGUGCCAGUAGUGCCUCCACCACUACGCUCCCACUCGUUUUUCUUCCUUCUCCCCCGAAAGGACCUAAACCAACCUUCACCAGCUUCCUCUGCCCUAUUUAUUUUCUCUUUAUAAUUCCCCCUAAUUUUCCCCUUUCUCGCCCACAUUCGUGUACGGCAUCCUUGUCUUCGUCUCAAUUUCGAUGGAACAAGAGCCGCUUUUGCCGAGUGAAGAUCUUCGCCGCAGUCGCGGGGCUAAUCCCAUGCUCCGCGCGUCCACCUUACGCGCCACUUUCACCCUCCCUCUGACUCGCUACACCACCCGUCUGAUCGCGGCCGAGCACCACCGAAUUUUCCUCGGCGACUGUACGGAGAACCUGUCGGGGGAUGACGAGGACCGGCCCCUUGAGGACAGCAGUUGCGCCUAUUCGAGACCCAUUUUGGUUCUGGACCUUGUAUGGAACCUGGCCUUUGUACUGGUCACUGCUGGUGUGCUUCUUUCCACGCUUAGCGAGCGUCCAUCCACCCCUCUGAGGCUUUGGCUCUGUGGGUAUGCUUUUGAGUGUAUUCUGCAUAUGGGUUUUGUGUGUUUUGAGUAUCGGCGGAGGACUCGAGAUUUUUACCGAGCUGAGCCUGGGCUUUCGCUUUGCCAGAGUUGGAACAGCAAUGUGAAGAAGUUAGAGUCUAUGAACACAUUGGUAUCAUCUAUUUGGUGGGUCCUUGGGUUUUAUUGGAUUGUGGUGGGUGGCCAGCAGCUUUUGCAAGAUUGUCCUCGUAUCUACUGGUUAACAGUGGUCUUUCUAGCCUUUGAUGUAUUUUUUAUUAUAUUUUGCAUUGGGAUGGUAUGUGUAGUUUUCUUUGCUCUCUUCUUCUUCAUCCCGAUAGUAGCAUUAGCUUAUGCUAUGAGAAUCAGAGAAGGUGCAUCAGAAGAGGAUAUCAGGUCUCUUCCUAAGUAUAAGUUUAGUCAGCCAAAUUCAUUGUUGAUGGUUGAUGACAGUAAGAAGCAAGUUUCUAAAGCAAGAAUAGAUGCAAGCAAUAGUAACCUUGUCAGCGAAUUAUAUGUCAACCCAGAUGAUUCUGAAUGCUGCAUCUGCCUUUCUCCAUACAUAGAAGGGGCAGAACUUUAUCGCCUUCCCUGCACACACCAUUUUCAUUGUGGUUGCAUCAGCAGAUGGCUUCGGACAAAAGCAACCUGCCCCCUCUGCAAAUUUAAUAUUCUCAAGAGUGACACAUUGGUUUGACCAUUCCUCGUGACACAGUCGCUAUAUCAUCUAUAAAGAAGUUGACAAUGAAGAAUCCAGAUAGGCAUUUGCUAGUCUGCUGACGUCGGUUGGUAAAUAAAAUGUGUAGAGGCCAAAAAAAAAAAAAAGAAAGAAAAGAAAAGAAAAAAAAAAGAAUUUCCCCACCCCUUCCUUCGGAUGAAGCACAACUUCUUUCGAGUAGAAUGUUGUUAUUGCCUUCUGAACCUUUUUUCAUGAAGAGGAAUCAGGAAUGUAUAUAUUGUAAAGGGUGGAUUUCGAGGAUCAUAGAAUCAAAUCAAUGAUUCGUACAGAAAUGAUUUCUUAUUGCUUA